AUGACGGCUGAGAGCCAGGUGUACCUGAGCUUGUGUGGGGCAGAUGGCCUGUCGGAGCCGGAGGGCAUCUCUCUGAAGCGGGUCGCUGUGGUGGAAGAUUUCUUUGACAUCAUCUACUCGAUGCAUGUGGAGAGCUCAGCGGAGCCAGGCAAAGCCCCCAAGCACGCUGGGCAGAAGAAAACCUACCGAGCGAUUGCGGAGACGUACGCCUUCCUUCCACGGGAGGCUGUGACCCGGUUCCUGAUGAGCUGCACAGAGUGUCAGAAGAGGAUGCACUUUAAUUCCAACGGCCUGGAGCCCAAAGAAAACGAGCCUCCCUCUCCUCUGGUCUCUGGGAUUAUUGAUUACAACAUGCCCCUCACCUCCACAUACCUGAAGCAGAUGAAGUUGCGCGUGAUGAAUUCCCAGGAGCAGGAUGAAACUUCUGUGAGCAGUGAAGAUUUUGAUAUGAACGACUCCACAUGGAUGUCAGCUGACCCACACCUGGCCUCCAGCCUGAGUCCCAGCCAGGACGAGAGGAUGCGGAGCCCGCAGAACCUCCACAGCCAAGAGGACGAAACGGGCACGGAAGCCUGGGAACCAGAGGAGGCCCCCCACACACCCAGAGCAUGGCCUUUUCAGGGGCCCAGAGUGACCCCUCCCGUGCUGCUCACACACAGCCAAGACCCCUCCAGGCCACUGCUAAGCCUGCUGAGGCUUUCUCACCGAGGCCUGUCGGGGACCAUGGAGGGCCUGCCUGACUGCCCCCUCCUCUCUCAGUCCCCCCCCUACAGCUCAGGGAGCUACGAUUCCAUCAAGACCGAGGUCAGUGGCUGCCCCGAGGACCUGACUGUGGGCCGAGCUCCCACAGCAGAUGACGACGACGACGACCACGAUGACCACGAGGACAAUGACAAGAUGAACGACUCCGAGGGCAUGGACCCUGAGCGCCUCAAGGCCUUCAACAUGUUUGUGCGUCUCUUUGUGGACGAGAACCUGGACCGCAUGGUGCCCAUCUCCAAGCAGCCCAAGGAGAAGAUCCAGGCCAUCAUCGAAUCCUGCAGCCGGCAGUUCCCCGAGUUCCAAGAGCGGGCCCGCAAGCGCAUUCGCACGUACCUCAAGUCCUGCCGGCGCAUGAAGAAGAACGGCAUGGAGAUGACCAGACCCACACCUCCCCACCUGACCUCAGCCAUGGCCGAGAACAUCCUGGCAGCUGCCUGUGAGAGCGAGACGAGAAAAGCAGCCAAAAGGAUGCGCCUGGAGAUCUACCAGUCCUCGCAGGACGAGCCCAUAGCCCUGGACAAGCAGCACUCCCGGGACUCUGCAGCCAUCACCCACUCCACCUACUCACUGCCAGCCUCCUCCUACUCCCAGGACCCCGUGUAUGUCAAUGGCGGCCUCAACUACAGUUACCGCGGUUACGGGGCUUUGGGCAGCAACCUGCAGCCCCCUGCCUCCCUGCAAACAGGAAAUCACAGUAAUGGGCCCACGGACCUCAGCAUGAAAGGCGGGGCCUCCACCACCUCCACCACGCCCACCCCCACGCCCUCCAGCAACAGCACCAGCAGGACCAUGCCCACCGCCCAGCUCAGCCCUACGGAGAUCAGUGCUGUGCGGCAGCUCAUCGCUGGCUACCGAGAGUCUGCCGCCUUCCUGCUGCGCUCGGCGGACGAACUGGAAAACCUCAUUUUACAGCAGAACUGACCCAGCGGCACCUGGAGUGCACUACCCUCGGGAAUGAGGCUGUCCCGCCCGACCCAGCUUCCUGCCUCACCAGUUGGUACAUUUUGUUUUUUGCAAGAGGUGGGAUCCGAGAGCUGUUUCUAGCCACACUCCAAGCACCUGAGACUUUGGGCACAAGGACACUUUUUUUGGAAUCUCACCACACAGGUGCUCUGACCUGCUUGGAAGAGGCCAAUGGGGCAGCUUUGGAAGGGCUGGGCUCCCCUGACAGGGCGCUGGGGCCACAGCUCUAGUUAGAUCAUCUUCGUGGACCCUGAUGUUAGAAUCCCACUCCCAGAUAAUUACCUUUCAAGUCUUAGGUGAGCAGAAUUGCAUAUUUAUUGAGAAAAACAAAGUGGACCCUUUCUUCCUCUCCCCUUAGUAAUUUAUUUUUUUGAAAAUGGAUUCUUUUGUGUUUGUACAGAUUGCCAGUCUGUGUCUGUCUGAUCAGAAGGAUGUCUCCCUGUGCCCUAACAUUCCAUAUCACUACACUGGCGCGGGCGGGGCCGCAGGGCGGGCGGCGGUGGGCAGGCGCCAGGGGCUGUCCCUCUGAGUGCCCAGCACCACCAAGCAGGAGGACCUCACCCACACCCACUGCAAAGCAAAGACAAACACACGCCCCCCUCCCCCCAUUUCACAGAAGCCCCAGCCGUGGCCACCUGUAUUCUACCUCACACUCCAGCGGGGGCUUUUUCCAGGAUGUGCCCGAGCCUGCUCUGAAUGGCUGUCUCCCAACUCCCCCACACGGGGUGUGUGCCUGGGGUGUAAGCCCGGCCCUCCCGGCUGCACGACAGGAUGGAGACUGGGAGACGGGAGGCCGGUCAGCAGAGUCCCGGCCCUCACCCUGCCCAGGGAGUUGAGUUAACACUCCCCGCACAGACCCAGGCCCUCAGGCCCUUGCUGGGAAGACCCUGUUUCCUCAGGGUGAGCCUCUAGGUGUCAGGCAGCCACUGGCCAGGAGAGGCAGCUGGGCGCCCCUGGACUGGCUUGGCUCCCGUCCCCGGCCCCCGUGGUGGAAAUUAAGGGACCAUCAUCCACCGGAGUAGCCACUUGGGUUCUAAGACCAGCCCUUCUGGAGGGACCAGUCCUGGAAGAAACCUCUCAUCCCUGGAGUGUGAAAGGGGCAACAAGGAAAGGCUGGCCUGGUUUCCCUCCUCCCGAUAGGCACUUCCUCUUGCUCAGUGCAAUACCUACCAGUGCUGCUAAACCAGGGAUUCGCCCAGACCUCAGCAGGCCCCCGGGCCUCUCCAUGCAACACUCCGUAGCCAUGACCGCAGCCUCCGCUGCCGCCCCUGCCCAGAGCUGGCAGAAGCCCUGUUGCCUUUCCUCCCUCAGAGCAAAGAGGCCCCAGGGAGCCAGGGCCGAGUGGACCCUGGGACGGCCACUGAGAGCCACCUGACCCCAGAGUAGGUAUCCCUUCUCAAACCAGCUUCUCCGCAGCCAGCUGCCUCCUGGCACUGUGGCAGACCCCCCUCAGGAGGGGCGGGGAGGGCACUCCAGUAUGGGUGUCCCACCCUGUGCUGACUCCCAGCCCCUAGAGGCUGGGGUGGUCUUUUAUCUCUCAAGUGGCCUCCAACACCCCAUCCCACCACACCACCUCUGCCUUGCAUCUGACCCAUCCCCAGGCCUCUGGUCGGGGCCAGGACACCCGAGACUCCCCCUUAGCACAGCACAAACUCCAGUGCCCACGGCCUCUCCCACACCCAGCCAUCCGCACAGCCAUCCUCCACCUGCUCAGUACACUCCCUGACGUUUUAAUUUGUGUAAAUAUUUAUUUUUGUGUGUGAACAAUAUUACAAAGUAAUCAGUAGAUCUUUUGCAAAAUGUUACCCCAGGCAAUUUGUGAAAUCUUAAUGUUAAAAACUGGCAGAGACAAUCGCCGCCUUAGAAUUCUUGGUAUCAAUUGCUUAACAUGUCAUUUCUCCUCCCAGAGGCAGUACCCAAGCCAGGCAUGAACGGUUUGCUUUUCUUAGCAGCCAGGAGUGAAGGACUGGGGAAGGGGCUCCUGCGCCACCACACACGGGAUUAGACCUAACGAUCACAUAAGCGACAGUUUGGAGUCGCGUUUUUCCGAGUUUAGGCUGCCCUAACUGAUCACCUUCAGCCGACCUAAUGCUGCGGUAAGAGUGGAAGUUCGUGUGUUAAAGAGAAAGGAAAGGGACGCCAGUGGCACUGGUCCCGGGGUCUCCCAGUGGCUCCCCCAGGGCGGGUCUGAGGUGGGGUCCUUCCCACUGAAGUGGCGCCAGAAGCCCUGGAGAUGGCAGCAUCAGGAGCGAGUCACUAUGUGAAACAGGAUCCCAUUAGCUAGUUCAGUCAGGGAACUUGUUCGGUUUGGCUUUUGUUUUAAAAGAUGCAGCUUCAACCCAGUCCCUCUCCUCCUGACUUGGAGAGUACCUGAGAGCUGGUUCUGCUGAACCUCGCUCCCACUGCACCCCCUCCCCCCAAUCACCCCA